AUGGACUCAUUAGACAGCAUCCCCACUGCCUACGCUUCCUGCAGCAUAGGCACCAACCCCGAGAAGAGCCUCCCGGAUCGGCUCGAGGCCAUCUCCAACGCAGCAUUCCAGGCCAUUGAGCUGUCCAUGCCCGAUCUCGUAUCCUUUGCAAACGAGCACUUCAAGACGAAAGACAUCGAUGACCACGCUUUCGACAAGCUUGAACAAGCAGCCCAGGCGCUCAAGAAGAUUCUUGACCAGAAUAAGUUGACAGUCUUCAUGAUGCAGCCAUUCGCAAACUAUGAAGGUUGGGAGCACGGUUCUGCAGAGUACAAAGAUGCUUGGGAGCGAGUCGAAGGCUGGACGAAGAUUAUGAAGGCCGUAGACUGCGAUAUGCUGCAGGUGGGGUCGAGCGAUAGCCCUGAGGAGAAGAUUGGCAAGGACAGGCAGAGAUUCGUCACAGAUUUGCAGCAUCUUGCGGACCAUCUGGGCAAGAAGGGACAGAGGAUCGCAUAUGAGAACUGGUGUUGGAGUACGCACGCCCCUAAUUGGGAGGAUGUGUGGGAUAUCUGUCGUCAGGUGGAUCGAGAGAACUUUGGGCUAUGCUUGGACACGUUUCAGAGUGCCGGGGGAGAAUGGGGAGAUCCCACGACCAAAAGCGGACUCAUCGAAGAUGGUCGUACACCCGACCAAGUAGAGGCGGACUGGAAGAAGAGCUGCGAUAAACUAACAAAGACCAUCCCCAAGGAGAAGAUCUAUCUGCUACAAAUUAGCGAUGCGUAUAAGAUGGAAGACCCCAUGGAGAAGAAGGACAUCGAUGGACUCAGAGCACGAGGACGCUGGAGCCAUGACUUCAGGCCCCUGCCAUUCCAGGGAUACUUGCCUACAGUAGAUUUUGCACGGGCGGUAUUGCAGACGGGAUUUCGAGGCUGGUUCUCGUAUGAAAUCUUCGAUGGAGGGAAGAAUGGAAAAUGGGAGAACAAAUAUGAGCUGGGGCCGUUUGCCAGAAAGGCAAUGGAUACGCAGAAAAAACUGCUCCAAGCAGUGGUGAAAGAUGCAUAG